UAGCUCCUGCAGUGUUAACCUGCGCAGCUUCACCGUUUCUGCUCCUCACGCCUCGUGGACUUUGGGUUCGGAGACGCGCGCGGACACGCUCGGCAUGUUGGGUGAAAGAUGGUGGAGGAAAGUUCGAGGCAGACGAAGGAUGUCCACCACGCUGUCCAAAAGCAGUGAUGCCCCCUUUCACAGAAGAAACUGGAAGAUGGUUUUGUGGGUGCUUGUAUCUUUGCUGCCCCUAGUGGUUGGAGAGAGGCCUGGUUUCAGAGAAGGUCCUGAGGGUGCAGUGGGUUUAGUCAGUGCCACACUAGAUGAGCAGCCUUUAGAUAACCUACCCCAAGAAGAAGAAGAAAUGGGAGACGGGGACAGCCACUCUCCAUGGCAGAGCCUAUUUGAGCCUUCUGUUUUCAUAGAGGAGGAGCGUCCAGCUCGGUGGGAGCGCUCACCCCGUUCCUCUGAGGCCUCAGAUGCUCAGUCAAAGGGAUCACGCAAGAAAAAGAAGAAGAAGAAGAAAGAGAAAGGUGAUAGGAAGCAAGGCCACAGCCCACGGGACUGCCGGCUGGAGAGGCGAGAGAUGCGGGUGAGAGACCUGGGCAUGGGCCAUGACUCAGAUGAGAUCAUCCUCUUCAAGUUCUGUGUGGGUUCAUGUCAGAGCUCACGGGGGAACUAUGACCUGGCGUUGAGGGCACUGCUGACCAACGGCAGCCUGCCCAAGCGAACUGCUCGGAAGAUCAGUGCCCAGCCAUGCUGCCGGCCAACGGGCUACGAGUCUGUCUCUUUCAUGGAUGCCUCCACCACCUGGAGGACCAUUGACAAAGUCUCGGCCUCUGACUGUGAAUGCGUAGGUUGAGAGAAGCAGGAAAGGAACCAAUCUCCUCUCAAGGCUCUGAAACAGAGGCACUGAGAAAAUGAGGCAGCACAGAGCCAGAGGCACCCAAGGUUGCAGCUUCAGGGACCGAAGACAUACAGAGGGAAGGCUAAACAGUGAGAUACCUGUGGAAGGAUACAGCAGGGCCUUGAUUAUGAACAUAUCUAAGCACUUAUGCUAAAUUCCUGCUGGCUGGCAUGUUACCCUUGUAACCCAAUAAUGCUAUACGGUGUAGUGGUUGGAUAGCAUGGUGGAUAAAACUUGCCACAUGUAAUGAUGAGAGGACCUUUCCCUGUUCAUGCAGGAACAAAAAGAGUCCUUGGAUUUGACUCUUCAUGUUUCCCUACCAGUGUGACUUGCUUUGGGUAAAAGUGAUAUAUACGUACAUUUAUGUUUGUGGCGAUGUAGCUAUGGAAUGAUAUCAUAGCUAUAGAGGGAUACAGAGUGGCCUCCAGGACAUGCUCCAUAUAUUCAAAGGACAGAGCUAGAAAGUGUUGGCUGAGCUCUGCUGGGAGAAAUCAAAACCUCUUUGUGGCCAAGAAACAGAAGCACCUGGAAAGAGAGGCAACAUGAAACCAGGGGCACCCCAGGUUGCAACUUCAGGGAUCGGGGACAUGCAGGGUUAAGAUCCCACUGAGCUGUUCCUCGUGAGAACGUUUUGGAGGGAUCCAGCAGGACACGGUAUAUGGGACAUGUACUGUUUAUAUCAUAUUAGUGUUUCUCAACCCAGUCCUUGGGGUCUACCAGAUGGUCCACAUAUUUUGCUCUAUCCUACCUCCUAACACAGCCUUAAAAUCAAAGGUCUGGCAAAAAUCGAAUUCACACAAUUUCCUCCUUAAAAAGAAAUACAGCCAGUCAGCUAAGACAUAGUGCUUGUGAAGUUUGGAAGUAUUUUCGGCACAUGUUAGUAUGACUGUGUCAUAAGUCAACUCAAAAAGAUUUCUGACAACCACUAUGUGGUUUCUGACACUGUGAUAUACUCUUAUCUACAGACAAAGUGCUUUGCAUAGCUAAGCAUAGAUAGAUGGCUGCUAUUACUGUUUUUAAGCUAUGCAAUAUUAGCUAUACUGCUAUAUAUGCACAUUUGAUGAUUUUUGUAGUGAGCAGGGUGUCAUACAGCCUCAGAACCCACAUAAUGAAGUCUGAGUUAGGUUACUUGACAACUUGAUACAGUUUGAGGCAACGGUGAUGAUUAAGCAUGCAGGCUGGUUAAUACUAAUGAGUGUCUAUGUGCUUGUUAGCUACAUUGUCCCUGUAGCUACAGUGCAAAAUUUUACGAAGCAAACUUUUCAGAUAAAAGAUGUCUUGGCUGAUUAUCGGUAUCUGAGACAAGGCUGAUUUUUGGCCGGCUGGCAAUGUCAUUUGCUAGAACACCGUUAAAUGUCUGGUACAGGCGUAUUGGGUGCUAGGCUAGAGCAAAAAUGAGGACUGAGUCAAGAAACACUGUUUUAUGUUAUCAAAUCCUUUAAUACCAGAGACAAAACGCUGGUGCCAGACAAAGAUCAAGGCUGCAAAACAUGGAGAGACUUUUUGGAAUCUCUUUGGUGGAGAAACGCUGGAGACUAAAUGACUGUGGCUUUACUCAAACGAGAUGUUUCUCUUUCAUAAGACUAAUAUUACACGAAACCUUCCUGUUUCAUUUCAUCUGUCUGUUUGUUACUGGAGGAUGUCAGCGCUCAGCCUCUGUAUCAGCCAGUACUGGCAGCAUGUGCAAAACCUCAAGUCACUGUAACUCACUUCAUUGCAGCAUAGAAACAGUAGUUUGAAUGAAACCAUUUCAGGCCGGGCACAAUCAACAAUAGCGAAGUACCAGCGAACAACAGCUGGUACUUAAUGCUGAUCUUUGCCUUCACUCUUCACAGUCAGGUCACACUAACUAGAUAACAAAAACCAAUUGGCUGGCUUUCCAUGGUGAAACUUUCAGGCAACUAGUUUCGAUGCAACUUACCAGUGCAAACGCACUCAAAAUCAUACGGAACAUAUUUGAUUACUCCGCUUGUUGGCCAUCAGGACGGUCUCAUUUUCAACCAUCCAAUAAACUGACUUUUAUUUCAUUUUGUUGUCUGUUGAUCCAGUGACAUCAAUCAUUUAAAAAAGUGCUGUUUGACAAGAUUACAUGAGGCGUUAUGAGUGGCUGUUUCAUGUAACUUGUUCCACUAAUCACCUGUUUUCAUUCUGGUUUUAACAAGCCCUCAUUUACAUAGAUCAUCUUUUUUCGCUCAGGUAAAUUUUAUUAGUCGAGCCCCAAGAGAGGCGAGUGAAAACAAGCGCCAACUUAUCCGCAGAACUCAGUUUUCAGUUUAGCUCAGAAUACUUCAUUAGUCCCAAAAAGAGCAAUUCAUUUGCAGCCUUCCCGUCCAUACUCGCGACUGUACAUAUACACACACAUACAUACACACACAUACAUAGGUAAAUACAUAAAUAAAUAAAUGCAGAGGCUAUUAUCCGCAAAAAAAGGCUAUUAUCCGCAUUUAAUAGUUUGAUAGCAGAAGGAAUAAAAGACUUGGAAUAGCGAUUUGUUCUACUGAAGGGCGUAAUAUAACGCCGACCUGACGGCAUUACAGUAAAUAUGAUCAGAUUGAGUGAUAAUUCCUUUUGCUUUCUGAGUGACUUGUUUCUCCCACAGGGAGCCCAGGUCUCUCUGUUUGACUCCACGCCUUCAGGCUAGUCUUGUCCCUCACCGACAGCCUAUUGAACCAACAAAUAAACGAGAAAGUUAAAACACUUUAAAUAAAUGACUUGUAGAAACUGCACAACAUUGUAUGACAAACAUGAAAAGAAUUCAGCUUAAGCAGUAAGUGAGCUCUUUGUUGACCCUUCUUAACAACCAGCAGAACCCAGAUAGCAGUGCAAUCUGAUGCAAUUCCCUUUCCAAACCUGAAAAUAAUGAUGGAAAAAAAAGUUUUUAAGCCAAUUUUAAAAUGCUUAAUAUUUCGAAGCUACAAUAUUCGGAUUACUGGGCUUUAAGUUGUAAAGUACUCUGUAGGUUAUACAGGACUGCUUAUGCAAUGUCACCACGCUCUGCUACAACAACAGAAAGGCACUACUCCAAUUUAUUGCCAGACAAAGCAGUUAGGCUCAAAUUUCUGCAUGGCUAGCUGAUUAACUGAAGCUAACCUAGCUGAGGUUGAGUGUAUUCCAAUUGAAUAAUCUAAAGUUGAGUUGGUUGCAACUGUUGCAGCAGAAUUUCCAACAAGUUGCAUGAAACUUUACAACAUGAAAUUAAGUUUCAUGUAAGUUUCAAGAAACCGAAGUUGCAUGGAAGUUUUACAGUGUAAAGCCAGCUUUAAACUUUUACAGUACUGAGAAGUUCAGUUCAUGCACACCAUUACAGACAAUGCUUUACUGCAGAACGCUAUGGCCUGAGGAGCCCCAUGAAGGGUUAAUAUGACUGCUGGCCCAACACCAAAGUGGCGUCUGACGUGGUCAGCAUGGACCAGCAUGGUCAGGGUGUUGUUCAUCGAUGUAGCUGCAGACCACAAUGCAUUUUGUGAUUGUUUACCUUAGUGCUACAAAACUGGAUGCUGGGCAUCUCUUAGCGUUUACUGUAUGCGUAAUAGGUCAAAUAUUUAUUUUUUCAACUAAGUUAUUUAUUUAUUCUUGUGUAUAAAGAUGUCUUUUGAACUUUUUGUAUUUAUUAAUGUGUACAGUAUGUUUAAUGUGCUUUAUUAUCACCUCAUUCUAUCUACGAACAACAAGGCCUUGAUGUCAGUUUCAAACCUCCAAAAUGCAAAACCUCAAACCUCUUAUGCAAAAGUUUGGGCGCCCCUGGUCAAAUCAUGUGUUUUGUUGAUUUUCUAAUUGCAAAUAAGGGAACGCAUCUUCUUACAGGGAACACGUGGAAAUGUGGUGUUUUUUGAAGAGAAUUUUGAAAUAUUUGAUGAACUUUUGCAGUAAGUUUUGCAAAUGAACAGCAACUGAAGACGUGCAUUGUCUUCACUUUAAUCAAUGCACACAUUAACCAGCGCUGCCCAGUGCAUAAGAAUGUAUUUACAAGAUGUAAUGAUUAUGUUUGUGGAGGGGCUGCAAUACUUUGAGUUAUUCAAAAAUGCAGAAUUGACACUAACCGUGUCAAUCAGUUUGCAUAUCAACUGACCAAACUGACCAUGAGAGCCUCGUUGUUCUGAAUUCUCCACUUAAGAAAAGCUGCUCUUGAGGAAAUACUCAAAACUCAAAUGUACAACAGUAG